AUGGCGCGAGAACUGAGACCCCGAAAAACGGCCGUUGAGAGCCAAAAACCCGAGGGCAAGCCAGCCAAGGCAGCUGAGAAGCCGGUCGCGAAGGGCAAGAGAAAAGCUACCGAGGCCCAGCCCGAGUCUCCCAUUCCCCGAAAGCUGCAAAAGUCGACCAAGAAGAGCCCUGCAAAGGAGCCCAAGAAGGAGCCUUCGCCCGAGGGAAAUUGGAGGAAGACCAGGCCUUCAGCUUAUCUUCCCGAGGAAAUCGAGGAGUCUACCGGUAGCGAUGUUGAGGAGGAGGAGGAAGUUGAAGCUCUUGCCGCCGAGCUUGAUCCCGAGGACGAGGGGGCCACCACUGAUGCCGGUCUUUACAAGCCCGGGCAGCCUGUAGGAAAGAUUCCUGAUGUUUCCCAGGCUGUGCAGAAGGCCGCCAAGGCCGCCAGUGACGGGGAGGCUGGUAUUAUCUACGUUGGCCGCAUCCCCCAUGGUUUCUACGAGCACGAGAUGAAGCAAUAUUUCUCCCAGUUCGGAACUGUCACUCAGAUCAGACUGUCGAGAAACAAGAAGACAGGCGCUAGCAAGCACUUCGCCUUCAUUGAGUUCGCGGAGGCCAGCACGGCCGACAUCGUGGCCAAGACAAUGGACAACUACCUCCUGUUUGGGCACAUACUCAAGUGCAAGGUUCUCCCCAAGGAGCAAGCCCACGACGACAUUUUCAAGGGAGCGAACAAGAGGUUCAAGAAGGUGCCCUGGAACAAGAUUGCCGGCAAGAACCUGGAGAAGCCGUUGAGCGAGGCCUCGUGGAAGAAGAAGGUCACCAAGGAGCAGAACAAGCGCAACAAGUCCGCAGAGGCGCUCAAGAAGAUUGGCUACACGUUCGAGGCACCAGCGAUCCAGGCCAUCCCACCCCCUGCGCCCAAGGAGCUUGAGAACGCCGAGAGCAAGGCCAUUGAGGCUGCGCCAGAGGAGGCCGAAGCACCCGCCGCAGAGAAGAUUGUCGAGGACGCCUCAGAAGAGGAGAAGCCUAAGUCGAUAUCUGCUCCCAAGACCAAGGUCACCAAACCAAAGGCAAAGAAGGCAGCAAAAGGAAAGAAGGUCAAGGCAUGA